AUGCCAGGUUUAGGACCCGAUCUCUGGUUGUCUUGUCUGCCCGAAGACCAUGCUGUGGACUGUGUGAUAGGACAUGGGGCCGUUCUUGGUCGGCAAGUACAGAUUAUAAAACGGCAUCAUCACUGUAAGUGGAUUCAGGUCGUUCAUACCUCUCCAGAAGAACUUGGGAUGUACAAAGAAUAUGAAGAACACAUUUCUAGGGGUGAGGAGAAACACCAAGUUGAGGUUGAACUCUGUAAAUUAGCUGAUCAAGUUGUAGCAGUUGGACCCAAGCUGGCUGAUGCUUUUUCCGGUUAUCUCCGUCCUUGUGGAAAAGAUCAAGAUGUUCUCAAUCUUACCCCAGGGGUUUUCUCUGAGUUUGCUGAUGUUAGUCAAGCUACUGAAGAAAGAAACUCAUUCAAUGUUUUGGUCUUUGGACGUGGUGACAGUGAAGAUUUCCAGCUAAAAGGAUAUGACAUCGCUGCCCAAGCCAUUGCUGAGUUGAAAGACACGACCUAUAAACUUGUGUUUGUUGGAGCAACACGGGGAGAAGAAGAUAAAGUAGCAAAGAAGUUAGUCGAGCAGGGCAUUGGUCCUAGUCAACUGAGGGUACGUUGUUUUAAUGAAAGUAGGGAGAAGCUAAAUGAUUUAUUUUGUGAAGUAGAUCUUGCUAUAAUGCCAUCACGAACUGAGGGAUUUGGUCUUGCUGCGCUAGAGGCUUUAUCUUCUGGUCUGCCUGUCUUGGUCAGUGGAAACUCUGGUCUUGCGGAAGCUUUAAAGAAAGUUCCUCAUGGUUCAAGCUGUGUGGUAAUGUCAGAUGAUCCAAAAGACUGGGCUAGUGCAAUAAGAGCCGUCCGUCACAAAGACAGGGAGAUGCGACUUGGAGAGUUUGAUUUGGUGCGUGGGGCAUAUGCAAAAAAGUACAGCUGGAAGGAACAGUGUGAUAAACUUGUUGAAAGGAUGAAAGUGAUCUCUUCAGAAGGUCAGUUAAAAUAAGUACUGUUGUAUUGCGUCUUCUGUUGCAUAUAUAUUAGACUUAAAAUGAAAUGAACGCUAGCCCUUAAAUAAAGCCAUUUCUCCCAACGCUCCCUGCCAUCGGCAAUGUUUGCGGAAGAGAAUGCUGUCUGAGAGGCGGCUGCAUUCGCAGGCUAAAUGUACAUGUAUACAUAAUACUUGUGAUUUAAAAUGCAUUUACAAAGUAAACACAUGCCGUACGCUCAUUAAACUUAAAAGCAUUCUUAAUACGUGCUCAUUUAGAAGCAGACCUUAUCACAAACCGAACUGCACCUACGUUUUGGCAGAAAAAGCUGUGUUAUUAGAACGAUAACUAAACGAGAAUAUUUCGAUAGAGUUCGGCUGGAAGUAAAACGCUGUCUGAAACAUUGAUCGUAGGUUAAGGUGCACUGUACACGUGCAUUCCCCAGGUGAAAACAAAAACAGGUAAGGUGGCAAAUCUCCGACUGGCAAAAAUAAUUUGAUCAACACGAAACUGAUUUCAUUUCAGACUCAUCAAAGAGACUUCAAUCUUUGGACAAAGUUAGAAGGCCAUUAUCCCCAAGUGAUACCCCAGCUUCAAAACAACCGAGACUAUUCAGAUUUGCAGGUAAACCAUAGGUUACAUUGUGUUGCUGUAAUACCUCAUUCAUUAGAGCAUUCAGUCUAUACAUGUAGUGUAGUGCUGUCUUGAUUUAUAUCAUUUCGGUUGGGUAUGAGAGGGCUUGUUCAAGUGCCAUACAUAAAAUCAGGCUUCGUUAUUCAAUUUGUGGGGCUUUUUAUUACUAUAAUUCUUUGCUAUGUACGGCAGCAUAGCAGAGCAUUGUACCAUGGAUAUUAAUGACAUUUGGGAGCUUUUAUUGCCUACAGGAAGUUACUAAACGAAAGUUGCUCGAGGGGCCUUAGCUAACUGUAAACCCGCCAAGAGCUACAACUAAAUAAAAACCAAGCAAAACAAACGGAUAAAUUUGACCAGACUUUUCGUUCACCCGAAACCAUUCAAUAUUUUCGCCCUGUUCACACAGAACUGACGAACCAGGUUGAAUUUUAACUUUUGUCAGGGGUUUUACCAUCUGCUCAUGCGCAGAGAACUCCUAUAACAAACCCAAACCCGUUACACUGUCACCCAACUGAGUAACCACGCAUCCAUGCAACAGCGGAUUUACCAUAAAAAAAACUUAGACGGAAAUGGUGUUCACACAGCUCAGGUCAAAUUUUCGACAGUGCCGGCUAAAAAUUUGACCUCGAUUUUGACGUGGAAGGUUUUGAACGGCUAGCCGUCUAAAUUUUCGUACGGUUAAGGUGCUGAUGUGUGGUACUGUUUGUCUCAGGACAAUAUCCUGGACUUUCUUCGUCGUAAGCUUUAAUAAACUGCAGUAAGCAACUACAAUAAGCUGAAUUGUCUAGCCGGCCUUGGGAGGUUUAUAAAAAUUGUUUAUGUUCAAUUCAAGAGUUCACGUCAACGGAUCCUUUGAUUUUGUUUUUUUCUUUAGGCUGCAGUGGGGAUGAGCAGGAUUUUUCCGUAAAAGCCACUGCGGUUUGUUCAGUUUACGAGAAACCUAUACUUGUCAAUAAACCUCUUCAUAAAGGUACGCUUGAAUCUUAGACUGAACAUCAGCAAUAUACUCGCGAGAACAAAACUUUUUUAAAUAUAUGCUUUUAUGAAACAAUUGUUUCCAACGUAUUCUUCGUUCACUCGGACGAUCGUGCUCAACCUACUUAUUGUGAUGUACCGCAAUUUGUGCAAUCAUCUCCUGGAAAUGUUGUUUUAUUUUAUGCUUCCUUCUUCUUCCAAUCUCUCCAGUGUCUUAUUAUAUUUAUCGUUAUCUAGAUAACAUAACAUGUAAUAUGAUCUCUUGUCUUGGUUUACCAAUGAAGUACCAAAUCCAUUUGAAGUACAGUGAAUGUCAGGAGAAUAUUAACAGAUUGUUCGGUUUUUUGCUCCUGACAGAUACAGAAAACCUGUUCUGAAAAUGCUCAGAGCUGAAUAUGGGAGACGGGCAAAGUUGAAGCCACUGUCUUGGUUAAACACUAUGAAAUUGCCGCUUAAAAACGUCUACACGAGACUCAAGAUUAUCUCAAGAAGAAAAGCAGACUUCCAGGUUGAAAAUGAAGAGUUGGGCAUGUACGACAUCUUCCAGGCCCUUGGCGAAAGCGAGGAUAUCAAAAUGACAUUAGCAGAGGGAAGUCCAGGAACCGGUAAAACUACGUUUUGCCUCAAACUUGCUUAUGACUGGGCACGUGGAGAAAUGCCAACUAAUUGUUCCUUUCCUAAAUUCGAAUUUGUACUGCUCCUUAAAUGUCUAGACAUAAACGGAGAUCUAAUGGAAGCUAUCAAAGAACAGCUUCUGCCGGAAGAUAUCAAGGAGGAGAGCUGGACAAAGCUGUCUGACUUCAUCACGGAUAUUGAUAACCAGGAGAGAAUUUUAAUUAUUCUGGAUGGUCUUGAUGAGCUUCCAGAAAAGUCACGACCAUGUGUUUAUGAACUCCUCAACAGAAGAAUUUUACCAUUUUGUUAUGUCCUGGCUACAUCCCGGCAGGAAACAGGAAUUGAAUUUCGUAAAAACUGCGAAUUUGAUCUUCUUCUGGAGAUCAAAGGAUUUACAGACGAAGAUGCCUUUCAGUAUAUCAGGAAGCAUUUUCAAAACAUCGGCCCGGGGCAUCCUUCAAAAGGAGAAAGUCUGAUAGUGGAAAUUAAAGAAAACGAUUUAUUGAAUGCACUCCGAAAUAACCCGCUAAAUUUAAUCCUUCUCUGUGUUGUUUAUGAGGACUACAAAGGAAAACUACCAACUGCCCGAACUGAACUUUAUCAAGUAGUUGUCCAGUGCCUUUUGAGACGUUAUUGUGCGAAACACAGCCUUAUGGCCCCAGGAGAAAACAGCGUCUUAGAGAAGCAAUUUGAAGAGGACAUUCUUGCCCUUGGAGAGCUAGCCUGGCUUUGUCUACUAAGUGAGCGUCACGGGUUUCGUGAAAGUGAAUUAGCUGCACUUGAAAUCAGAUACAAAGGAUUGGUAGCUCGUGACAUAGGACUUCUUUACAAGGAAGAAAGUCUGAAAAGGUUAAAUCCGCAACAUGAAUUCUACUUUCUCCACAAGACCUUCCAAGAGUACCUGGCUGGUGCUUUUAUUGCACAAAAACUGCGAGAAAACCAAUUGAAUUUGUUUGAGCGUCUUAGUUUUGAUGAUUUGGUGGUUAAAUAUCAUGGAGUGUUUCUUUUCGUGUCUGGUAUACUUAGGAGAGAUGCAAGCAUUCUAUUCACACAGAUUGGGGAGGAGCUGAAGAAUUGGGGUGAAUGGAAGUGGGACAGUUGCACACAGUCCUAUUUGCACACAAACGUAGUGAGCGAAAAUUACGAGGAAUCGGAAGGUUUACUGAAGUCCUGGGACGAACGAGGUUUGGCGGCUGCAACUUUCUUCGCAGCAAGCUUCCGGGAAAGUGGACAUGAUGAAGAAAUGGCGACUACUCUUUUUUCUCACAUACCCUUUCCACAGCAUAUUGAGAUGAACCUCUCGGACAUGAAUGUAGUUUUGCCAUUAAUAAAUAAUAAUUUCAAUGACCAAAGUGCCAACAUAUUUCGCGUUUUAGAGGCCUGCAAAAGCUUUCAAACUAUACAAAAGCCUGUUGAAGUUACCAUUCACGAUGCAUUUGACAAAAAAUGGGAUUAUCCGACUGUUACAAAGUACAUACAAUUCUGCUCACAGCUUCAGACUUUAAGCAUUUUUAACUCUGAAGUGACAUUAGACCUAGCCAACACCCUACACGAAGGCUUAUCUGGAAACACGACUUUAUCAGAGUUCACUGUACAAGUGGAUGGCAGUAUCCCUUGUGAUGCAGCUGUCGUCAUCGGUGAAUGGUUAGCUGCUCGAAAAUCCCUGAGGAAAGUAACAUUUGAACUUCACAGAGUGCAGGGUGAUGCCUGGGCAAGUGCUAUUGAAACUGGAUUGUCUGCGGAUACUCUUUUGUGCUCAGUUGACCUCCAGGUUUAUGGGCCGUUAAAUGAUACUGCUAUUAAUGGUUUAGGAAAGCUUCUAUCAAAUAAAGCUCUGACCACAUUUUCUCUAAUCAUUUCUGGAGAUAUGCAAGAUUGCCUAACUGCUGUUAUCGGUAACAGAGUUGCGCAACAAACUGCCCUGAAGUCGUUUUAUCUUUGUGUUAUUGGCAACCUCAGUCUUUUCAGCGCCAGUGUCCUAAGAAACAGCCUUCUAGAAAAUCGUUCUUUGAAUGAUUUGAAAGUGACAGUACAUAGUGAGGCUCCUCAUAACUGGCACUCUGUAGUAGAAAAUCUUUAUUCAGCAGAGAAGACAUCAGUAACUUUUGAUUUUCAUCCAGAUCCCUGUAGCAGAAUUACAGAUAAUGACUUUGCUUAUUUUUGUCCUGGUGUGAUGGAAAAAGGGUUAGAAACAAAGCAGCACUUAACUGUAGUCCUUUGGGGUCAGCUGAGUUGUGAUGGGGCAGAAGCUCUUUGUGAAGUCUUGGCUCGUGCCCCCCUGACAAGCCUGACUUUUAAAGUGCACGGCAAAUUAACUGAUGUUGUUGCUAACUGCUUUGCGAGAAAUGUAAAACGACACAAAGCACUGUCUUCUCUUACGGUCGAUAUUUGGGGCGAGUUGACACCAGGGACAGAGACUGUUCUUCGCGGACUAUCAGGAAACGGCAUAAAUGUCCGGCUAAGUGUGCAUGACUUGCUUGUAGUUCCUGAUGAAUCGUGCAAUGCCAUUGAAGUCCCCGUUGAGAGUCCUGUUUCACUGACAUCGUUGUUCCUUAAAGUAAGUGAUACUAGAAAGGAAAGAGUCACUCUUUCGAUCACUGACAACAGCGAUGAAACAGAAGACUGGGCACAUCUUCUAGGUGACGCUUUGGCGGAAAACACAUCUUUAACUGCGCUCGAUCUUACCAUUAACAACUACCUCAUGACUACGGACGUAUGGAAAGACCUUGGGGAAAGUUUGUUGCGAAACUCUUCAUUAACAGUUCUAGAUCUUGCAGUCAACGACUACACUAACAUGGCAGAAGGUUGGGAAUGUACACUGGUGAACAGCUUGGCGAAAGUGACUUCACUAACAACACUCAGUCUUGCAGUUAGUCGUUAUGGCGAGAUGAGGACAUGUCUAGCAGAAGGUUUCGGUUACAGCUUGAUGCCAUUGAACUCAUUGUGUAAACUUUCUGUUGUAAUCAAUGAUAGUGACACUCAUGAUUUCUGGAGUAACUUUUUACGAAACUGUUUAGAGGAAAACACUUCACUGACAAUACUCUGUCUUACAGUCAACAGUUAUAAAGAAAAAAAAAUUGAUGAAUCUUCAAUUCACCAUCCAAGGAAACACUGGAUAGAAGGUUUGGCUGAUGGUCUUGCAAGUACCACUUCGUUAAGGGAACUAACUGUGGCGAUUAACAACAUUACCAGUGCUGAAUCCAGCUGGACGGCCAUUUUAACAGAGGGAUCCUCGGUAAAUGAGUCAAUAACCUCUCUCGCUGUAACAGUCAGUGAUUACGAAUCCCUGAGCUGUAGAAGGUGGGCGUACGAUCUGAAUAAGGGACUGGCGAGAACUAAGAUGCUAACUACACUCACUUUGACAGUGAAUGACUACACUGAAGGUGAACGGCAUGAAUAUCUAGCCACUCUACUGGGUUAUGGUGUUCAAGAAAAUACGUCGUUGACUGAACUCAAUCUGACCGUCAACAUCCGCAGUGAAGUAAGUGAAGACUGGUUACCAAGUCUUUGCGAUGUUUUUGUGAAAAGUGCCUCCUUGAAAACACUGAGAUUGCAAGUUAACAAC